AUGGCUUCGCAACCAAAUUCUUAUGCGGUUCCAGAAAUAGUUACCGGAUAUCCAGUACAGCCGUCCUCCUCCUCCUCCGCUCUUCGUCGGUUGGUGUCACGACCGAUAGUGACUUAUCCGGCAUCUAAUGAUCGUGAACCAACUAACGCGGAGGAUUUGGCUCAAAUUACACCCUGUUUCGGCGGCUUCUUCACCGUGAUCGCCACUUACUUCAUCUUCUUGCUCGUCGUUGACAAAACUCUCCCCCACGCUAAAUUCUCUAUCCAAUCCAUCAACGUUUCUCCAACCUCCUCCGUGGCCACGUGGCACGUCGACUUCCUCGUGAAAAACCCGUCCUCGAGAUAUUCUAUAUACUACGACGGCGAUGAUGCUUCCGUGAGGCUCGGUCCUCUAAACGCCGCCGUUUUAAACGUUUCUCAUAGACUUGAGUCUAGAGAUGUCACGGCUUUAUCGUUGGCCUUUGUUGCGGAGGGUGGUAAUCGAAGCGACUUCGUUUCGGGUGAUCUUGACGUCAAACUCGGAGGAAUGCAUAAUUAA